AUGAUUCCCAAAUUCCUUUCAUUUGCCGCUGGCGCCCUCGCCCUCCAACUAUUACCACCACCGUUGGAUAUCCUAUCUCCUUCAUCCAAUAAUUCGUUGCCAGGCAUUGAAGUGAGUAAGCUGCCUCAAACCAUUUAUCUCACUAAGAGACUCGCCUCGCAACGGGAUUCCGAGGGUUUGACACUCAUCCCACCGUCAGGGAAAGAAUUUGUGGAGAUAUUUCGCGAUGAAUUGUUAAGCAUCACCGAGAAAUACUGGACGAUGAAGGUGACCGAAAAUUUGGCAUUGAAUAAGUCCGGGAUCUUUCUAGAUUAUGAUCCAAAACUUUCGGCCUCUUUGAAGUACGAAAAUGGUUGUCCAACAGAAGAAGGGUACGAGUUUGAAGUUACCAAGGGCAAUGUAUUCAUCACUGGAUCUGGUGCUCGAGGGGCAUGGUGGGGAACCAGAACAUUUCUACAGCAGUUGCUGUUGUCAAAUUUGACGUAUCUGCCGGAAAUGAAAAUCAGCGACGCACCUGCUUACGCGACAAGAGGUUAUAUGUUGGAUGCUGGCCGGAAGUGGUAUUCGCCUGAUUUUCUCAAAGAACUCUGCACGUACGCUUCUUUCUUCAAGAUGUCAGAGUUUCAUUAUCACACGAGUGAUAAUUACCCGCUUAAUCGAGGGCGCAAUGCAACAUGGAAUCUUGUUCACGCUCAAUUUUCACUUCAUCCUGAGAAUCCAAACUUGCAUGGACUCGUACAGAGACCAAAUGAGACUCUCAGCAGAGCAGAUUUUGAGGACUUACAACACCACUGCGCUCGUCACGGAGUUACAGUGAUCCCUGAAAUAGAAGCACCGGGACAUUGUUUGACAAUCACAAAAUGGAAGCCUGAAUUGGCACUUCCGAAGAAAGAUCUUUUGAAUCUUACACAUCCAGACAGCAUCCCUACCAUCAAGUCGAUUUGGUCUGAAUUCCUUCCUUGGUUUCAUACCAAGGAAGUCCAUAUCGGUGCUGAUGAGUACGAUGCAACAUUAGCUGAUGAUUACAUCAACUUUGUCAACGAAAUGUCAUCAUUCGUCAAUGAGACAUCGGGAAAGAAGAUCAGAAUAUGGGGCACUCACGAGCCAUCUGAAAACCUGACAAUCUCAAAGAACAUAAUCGUUCAGCAUUGGCAAUAUGGACAGUCAGACCCCGUUCUACUUCAAGAUGGAGGCUACGAGUUAAUAAACUCGCAGGACUGGUGGGCGUAUAUGUCCUUGAAAAACGACCAUACACCAAUCAAUCCCGCUCCUUACACACAAUUCUUUAACGAAACCAGAACACUGAAUUUUGCCAACCAGCCCGGUUGGCAAUGGCAACCGGCUCUUUUCAAUCAGGUCAAUAUCAGUAUGCAAUUGCCUCCGGGAGCUAGUGGAAAUAAAGGAGCAAUUAUGGCCGCGUGGAACGACAAUGGCCCAGAUGCAACUACACAGUUGGAAGCUUAUUAUGCUAUGAGACGAGGAAUACCUUUGGUUGGUGCUCGCGCAUGGAGUGGGAAGAAUGGCCCGGCUUUAGAUGCUGAGACCGUUGUGAACUCGAUUGAUUUUCUCUCAGCAAAUGCCCCAGCGCAGAAUCUUGACAGAAAAAGCGAGUUUGUCUCAUGGACUAGAUCGGCUGAAGCUGAUCCAGUAAUUUUGGCAUAUGGUAGUAAAGGAAUGAACUAUACACUCAGUCUCUCAGUGACUGGCCCCUUUACUCUCGCUUCUGAUGAUGUCAUCUUGAGUCUUUCGAAUUGUGGAUCCCUGAUAUUCAAUUCAGAUGGCUAUGAGUACCCAUUGAGGUCUGUCUCCGAGACUGAUGGCUUUGACGCUGGACAUCCGGGUCGCAUAUGGAGCAAUGCAACCACAUCAACACAUGAAGUUGUAAAUGUUCAAGUGCCUGCUGAAAUCACAAUCACAGGCGAUGUGAUUGGUGGGAGCCGAGUAUGGGUAAAUGGAACUUUUAAGGGCCGUUUUGAGGUUUUCGUGUUUGGAGGUCGAAAUACACUGUUCAGCUGGAGUCAGAUAGCUUUUGUCGCACCUCUAGAAACUGUUCAGGGUGGGAUCUCAAGGAUAUCAUUGGAAGAUGGAAAUAUUUCGUGA